GAAAAUGUAACAGGUUCGGAUGACAAAGGAGGACUGAUUGUAACUACAACAGAAGAGCCGCCAACGAAUGUCGGUGCCAGAGUAGAAGAUAAGUGCUCGACUGGAUUGCAUGACUGUUCCCCCAAUGGAACGUGUAUACCUCUUGACGGCUCUUACGACUGCGUGUGCAAUCUUGGUUAUGAAGGCGAUGGCAGGGUUUGUGCAGGUGUGUCAUAAAAUCUUCGUUCAUCAAAUAAAAUCUCUUCAUAAAGUGAGAAAGUUUGAAAGCGUUUGCCAUGUAAUAUAGUACAGUGGGAAAAUUUUAUGUUGAAAGCAUCUUUACAUAUGAGCGUUGUAAUGUUAGUCUCAACUUGUCCUUUCAAAUACAUAAAAUGCUUUCAUUGGUACAUCAAGUGUUGUUUUAUCUACAAAGUACAAGUUUAUUUCAUGUUAUUUAAUUAUUUGUUCAGGUUAGUUUGCAAGUUCAUGCGGAGAAUAUAUGCAGUAAUUCUUCAGUAAUGAAACCAUAACAUUUAGAUGCGUUUAAAUGUAAAUGUUGUGGUUCAAUUUUAUCCUUGGUUUGAAUUUCAUUUUCCCUUGUUUAAAAAUCAUUAUCAUAUCAUACAUUACCAAGCCCAAAAACAAAAGAAAAUAAAAUUUAAACCAAGGAUAAAACUGAAUCAAAACAUAAACAUCCCAGGUCACUCUUUCCGCCAGCAAUCCUGACCAGAAAUUUCUUUUGUAUGACUUGAAAAGCGUUAACAACAAUAAAACUCAUCAAAAGGGUGUCGUUCUUCCUCCUUUUUUGUAGAUAUAAAUGAAUGUGACAAUGGUUUUAACGAUUGUUACUUUACUGCGUCCUGUACCAACGUACCUGGGAGUUACUUCUGUAAAUGCAUUGAAGGAUAUGUUGGUGAUGGGAAACACUGUGAAGGUAAGGCUUCAAUAGAUUGUAGAAUUGAACAUUGUCUUGGCCAUCUUUGAUACCAAACAUGUCUAAAGUCGAGAGUCAGACACUUGAAGCUGCAUUCUAGUCUUAAUAUUUACCCCUUUAAAAAACACUUUUAGCUGGACUCCAUCGUAUAGUAAGUGAAGUGGCCGUCAAGUGACCAAUUUUAAACAGUUAGUGUUCCAUAUUUACAAUAUUUCAAGUAUUUUUGUUUAGGUUAGUUUUGCAAUGCCAGGUAACUCUUAAUGAUGUCGUAUUACUUUUACUAGUAUCGUUUUUUUCUUAGUGGCCAACAUCAGUUUUCUCCUAACAAUACCAAUAGACAAUCAAGGUGAAAGGUUAUGAGAGUUAAUAAAAUGAUCACAGAAGAGAAAAUGCUUUGAUCUUUUAUCAAAUUCUCUCAACUCAUUCUUUAAGGAAAUAUAUAGAGAUCUGUUUGGAGAAUUUGUUUGUGGAUAUUCGGGCUUAAGGGAUAAUGCUAAUCUGGCUCAGGAGCUUCCCUUUACUUCUUUGUAUUCUCUAUGCUUCUAUAACCAAGACACCCUCUGUGAUUAUUUCUGUAGAAGGGAGGAUUGUAACAUCACCUUCAGAGAGACCCAAAACAACUUUACCGACUCCUGCAGCAGCUAUAGCCACUCCUCCGAUUCCUCCG